ACAGCCGUGACGGUGACGAUGAUGACGAUGAAAGUGGUGGCAGUGGGGACAGUGGGGACAACGCUGAUGACGACUGGUGGCAGUGAUGACAGUGGUGAUGAUGACAGUGGUGACAAUGAUGAUGACAGAGGUGACAAUGAUGAUAGUGGUGACAAUGCUGGUGAUGAAGAUGGUGGCAGCAAUGUUGGCAAUGAUGACGAUGACAGUGGUGGCAAUGAUGAUGACAGUGGUGACAAUCAUGACAGUGGUGACAAUGACGAUGGCAGUGGUGACAAUCAUGAUGACAGUGGUGACAAUGACGAUGGCAGUGGUGACAAUCAUGACAGUGGUGACAAUGACGAUGGCAGCGGUGACAAUCGGGAUGACAGUGGUGGCAAUGACAAUGACAGUGGUGACAACACUGGUGAUGAAGAUGGCGACAGCAAUGUUGGCAAUGAUGACGACUGGUGGCAAUGAUGAUGACAGGGGUGACAAUCAUGGACAGUGGUGACAAUGACAGUGGUGGCAAUGACGAUGACAGUGGUGACAACACUGGUGAUGAAGAUGGUGACAGCAGUGUUGGCAAUGAUGACGACUGGUGGCAAUGAUGACAGUGGUGACAAUCAUGGACAGUGGUGACAAUCAUGAUGACAGUGGUGGCAAUGACGAUGACAGUGGUGGCAAAGAUGGCGACAUGGCGAUAGUGCUGACGACAGUGGGGACAGUGAUGAUGAUGAUGACAGUGGUGAUGGUGUCUAUGAUGACCGCGGCGACGAUGAUGAAGGUGAUGGUGGCACAGGUCCGGGCCCUGUCCUGGAGGCUGGGCCCGACACCUGUCUGACAGAGGGGGACGCUGAGCCUGGGACGACGGAGCCCCAGAGCCUCAGACCAGAGAAGCAGGUG